UUUGAUUUGACUUUUACGAGAGAGAGAGAGAGAGAGAGAGAUAGAAAACAAUAAUGAGAUUCAUCUGGAGACCUGAUUGGGUAAAAACUCCGGCUGUUAUGUUCUGUCCGUUGAUGCUUCGAAAAGAUCUUUUUUCAGAAAUAAAUCAAUGAUUUUUAUGACUCGUUUGGUAAAAAAUAAUCACCUUUUUUUGCCCAAAAAAGCAUAACUUGCUAAUAGCUCCGUCAUUAUCCUACGCCCACCGACCAUUCCUCUCCGUCGUCUUUCUUUCGUCAUCCGCCGCUUUUUUUUUUUUUACCCAAUUCGGCAUCGAUUUUUCCCGGCAGCGACCUUCCAUCUCCGUCGCGUUCUCGUGAAUUGCUGAUUCCCACAACGAAUUUCAGGAUUUAGCUUAUUGUCUUGGUGAUGGUCUUGUUUCCAUAGCUCCACACGCUUUGUCAUAAAGUGUUUGAGAAUGGCUCAGGGAGAGCAUAGAAGUUUUCCUCAGCCAGGACAAAUGCAGAGUUCUGCUUCUGUUGUUUCGUCUCAGCCUAAUAUGGCUAAUGGUGUAAACCAAGAUGGUAUCAGAUUGCGGCAGGAGAUGCUGAACAGAAUCUACGUUUGGUUACAGCAGAGGCAGCCUUCAAAGACUGAUGAUGCCUCCAAGGCAAAGUUAUUUGAGGUUUCAAAACGGUUAGAAAAUGCAAUGUACAAAACCGCUACCUCAAAGGAGAAUUACUUAGAUUUCCAAAAUUUUGAGGCUCGCAUAAACUCUAUUCUGAAACAAAUGUUUGGUCCACGCCCUGCUAAUCCCUCAAGCUCGGUCGGUAUGACUGUUCAGGCAACUGAGGUUUCAACUGGAUUGCGUCAAAGUUAUACAGCCACCCCUAUGGUGGAUACGAGCACCUUCAACAGUAAUAACAACUUAGCAGAUGCAACAAGGGUUAUGCCAACUACUCGCAUGAAUGGAGGUUCAAUGAUUAGUGGUCACCAGCAAUUAUCUGCGGGGUUUUCAGUUAGUUCUACUGACAAUGGCCAGAUGAUUCCUACUCCUGGAUUUAACAAUACUGCUAAUACUGAUGUAUAUCAGUCUCAUCAAAAUGGAGAUGGAGGCAAUCUUCUGGCUGUUGGGAGGCAACAUGCUGCUGGUUCAAAUGACCGUAUGCAAUACAACAGUGAUCACCAGUUGGGAGGUGGUUUCAGGUCAAAUAUGCACCAGAAUGCGUCUGGGAUGAUCAAUACACCUCAAAGUUCUGGUGUAGGGAUGAGUGGGAAUAGUUUUCACCUUGCUAAUGGGCACAUGAGCUCUGAAGGGGUCAUUAGUUCCACUCAUUUUUCAACUUCAUCCCAACCUUUGCAGCAGCCUGUUGAUCAGUUGCAGCAGGUGUCACAUGUUCACAGAUACUCAAUGAGCAACUCUGAUACUUUUGGGUCUGGGAAUCUCUAUGGCUCAUCUGGCUCAAUGGGAAACACUGUGGAUAUGAAUCCUAUGCGGAGAGUUGAUGUUUCCUUCGGUAAUAAUCAGUCAUUGGAAAAGACUCAAUUGAUGAAACGUCACCUACCUCAACAGUUUGAGAACGGGAGUUUCCAAUCUUCUUCCAGUUCCAAAGAAAAUUUGGCUCAGGUGGGUCAUCAUCAACCAUUAGAGAAUCAAUUCAACCAGCAAGCUCAUCAUGGUCAGUACCAGCAACAAGAUCACUUGUUGAGCAAUAAUGCUUACAGUCAGUCUCAACGAGCUUCAAAUUUUGUUACUCAAGUUAAGCAUGAACCUCGCACGGACUACUAUAAUGAAGCUUCUCAGCUACAGGCUAUAAAUCAAGUGGAUCAACCCAAGUCGCAAAACCAGUACACCCAGAACACUGUCAAGGACGAGUAUGUUGGUGCUCAGAGUGCACCAGUUUUUAGUAGCCAGCUAAAUAAUUCACAGUCUCAUCAGACGCAGCAGAUAUCACAAUGGAGAGAUGUGAAUAACCUCUCAGUUGGAGUGCAGCAAGUCUCAAGUCUAAGUCAGUGGCGUUCACCUCCUCAGAACUUGACACAAACAUCAAAAGAUUCUAAUGGAGAGAGAGAAAGGUUUGCGGUGAACUCAUGUCAAAAAUUACCUAUGCUGCUUGAAGCUACUAAUGAUAGUUUGUGUGCAAGAGAAUCUGCAAACUGCCAAACUGUUGGUCCACCUCUCCCAGGAGAAAGCAACACAUUAAGUAAACAGCUGGAUGUAGUUUGUGAUUCAAGUUAUAUAAAUCAGAGGCGGUGGCUUCUGUUCCUGCUACAUGUUCGCAAAUGCAAUGCAGCGGAGGAUACCUGUGAAAGCAAGUAUUGUUUCACUGCCAAAACGCUACUGAAACAUAUCAACUACUGCAAGGCACCUGCUUGCUCGUAUCAGUAUUGUCUUCAGACACGGAAACUGAUUCAUCAUAAUAAACACUGCGGGAAUGAAGCGUGUCCAGUCUGUGUUUAUGUCAAAAACUUCAAGGAGAAACAAAAAGAGAAGAUUGCUCUACUCAGACAAGCUGAGCCUAGUUUAGAUCAUAGACGCAAGGAAACCUUUCAGUCUAUGCGUGCUUCUAGUGAAAGAGACUCUGAAGCUCCAUCUGUUGUUGAUGAUCUGCAACCUUCUCCUAAGCGUGUGAAAGUAGAGAAACCUUCUCAAUUUGCUUAUCCUGACACACACAGCCUCCCACAGAGAAGAUCUGUUGGUGUCGGUAAAGCUCAUUUGUCAAUGAGUUUGCAAGAGAAGUAUAGUAGUCUACAGAGUGAUGUGCCGAUGAAUGCAGAUAGUUCUGAUUCCCGUGAGCUGGAGAGGCCUGUUUGCAAAGAUACCUCCAUGAGAAGACAUGGUGGAGACUCUUCACUGAAUGGUGAAACUGUUUAUUCACCAGAAACAGAGAAAUCAAAACGUAUGAAAGAACUAAGCACACCUAAAGAAGAGAAAGUGGAACAGUCUGUAGCUGCGUCUAAUAGCGGUAAGUCAAAGAUCAAGGGAGUCUCAUUGAUAGAGCUGUUCACUCCAGAGCAAGUAGAGGAGCAUAUCCGCGGUCUUCGUCAGUGGGUAGGCCAGAGUAAAACCAAGGCAGAGAAAAACAAAGCAAUGGGGCUCUCCAUGUCUGAAAACUCCUGCCAGUUAUGUGCUGUUGAAAGGCUUGCAUUUGAGCCAACACCUAUAUACUGCACACCUUGUGGCGCACGUGUCAAAAGAAACGCUAUGCACUACACUGUUGUGGUUGGCGAGUCACGGCACUAUGUUUGCAUCCCUUGCUACAAUGAAACGCGUACGAACACUGUGACUGUUGAUGGAACUCCUGUGCCGAAGGCCAGGUUUGAGAAAAAGAAAAACGAUGAGGAGGUUGAAGAAUCGUGGGUGCAAUGUGAUAAAUGUCAAGCGUGGCAGCAUCAGAUAUGUGCUUUGUUCAACGGCCGUAGGAAUCAUGGGCAAGCUGAGUACACUUGUCCUAAUUGCUAUAUACAAGAGGUGGAACAAGGAGAAAGGAAGCCAGUAUCACAAAGUGUUAUUCUGGGGGCAAAAAGUUUGCCAGCCAGUAAUCUUAGCAACCAUUUAGAACAGAGGUUGUUCAAGAAACUGAAGCAGGAAAGACAUGAGAGGGCUAGGGUUCAAGGAAAAAGCUACGACGAGGUCCCGGGAGCAGACUCACUUGUUAUCAGAGUUGUUGCAUCUGUCGACAAAAUAUUAGAAGUAAAGCCACGCUUCCUUGACAUUUUCAGAGAAGAAAAUUACUCACCAGAGUUUCCUUACAAGUCUAAGGCCAUUCUGUUGUUUCAAAAGAUUGAAGGUGUUGAAGUUUGCUUAUUUGGCAUGUACGUCCAAGAGUUUGGAACAGAUUCCGCCUCUCCCAAUCAGCGGCGUGUGUACCUUUCCUAUCUAGACUCGGUUAAGUACUUCAGACCUGACGUUAGAACUGUGUCUGGGGAGGCCCUCCGUACUUUUGUAUACCAUGAGAUUCUGAUUGGUUAUCUUGAUUACUGUAAGAAACGUGGGUUCUCAAGCUGCUAUAUAUGGGCAUGCCCUCCUCUUAAGGGUGAAGAUUACAUUCUCUACUGUCAUCCUGAGAUUCAGAAAACGCCAAAGACUGACAAACUAAGGGAAUGGUAUUUAGCAAUGCUAAGGAAAGCGGCCAAGGAAAAAGUGGUUGUGGAAUGUACAAACUUCUAUGAUCAUUUCUUCGUCCAGUCUGGUGAAUGUAGAGCUAAGGUGACAGCAGCAAGGCUGCCGUAUUUUGAUGGGGACUACUGGCCAGGCGCCGCAGAGGAUUUGAUAGAUCAAAUGAGCCAAGAAGAAGAUGGCAAGAAGUCCAAUAGAAAAGUAAUGCCCAAAAAGGUCAUAUCGAAAAGGGCUCUUAAAGCAGUUGGUCACCUGGACCUUUCUGUUAAUGCCUCAAAGGAUCUCCUGCUAAUGCAUAAACUCGGUGAGAUUAUCCUCCCAAUGAAGGAAGAUUUCAUCAUGGUUCAUUUGCAACAUUGCUGCAAGCAUUGUUGCACUCUCAUGGUGUCUGGACAUCGGUGGGUGUGCCACCAGUGUAAGAACUUUCAGAUUUGUGACAAGUGUCAUGAAGUGGAAAAGAACCGUGUCGAAAAGGAGAGACAUCCAGUCAAUCAGAGGGAGAAGCAUGUACUAUAUCCUAUUGCUAUUGAAGAUGUUCCUACUGAAAUCAAGGACAGUGAUGACAUCCUUGAGAGCGAGUUCUUUGAUACAAGGCAAGCUUUCCUAAGUCUCUGCCAAGGAAACCAUUACCAAUACGACACACUGAGGCGAGCAAAACACUCUUCCAUGAUGAUUCUCUAUCAUCUCCACAACCCAACCGUCCCUGCAUUUCCAACGGCGUGCGCCAUCUGCCAGCAAGAGCUUGAACCUGCUCAAGGCUGGCGCUGCGAGGUUUGUCCUGACUAUGAAGUUUGCAGUGGUUGCUACUCAAAGGGCAUCAACCAUCCACACAGCCUCAUUAGCCGACCAUCUGGGACUGAUUCUGUGGUACAGAACACACAAACUAGUCAAAUCCAGACAGCACAGUUAACAGACCUGCUGCUACACGCGAUGACAUGCUUCACGGCGCAGUGCCAGUAUCCAAGGUGUCGCAUGAUUAAGCUUCUCUUCAGGCAUGGUGUUGCAUGCAAGAACAAAAACUCCUGCGUUCCUUGUAAGAGAAUGUGGGCCCUCUUAAGAAUGCACGCCAGAAACUGCAGAGAUCCACAGUGUAGAGUACCCAAAUGCAGAGAGUUGAGAGCUCAUUUUAGUAGAAAGCAACAACAGGCAGAUUCAAGACGCAGAGCAGCUGUGAAGGAGAUGGUGCGGCAGAGAGCCGCUGACGCAGCAACCUCCACUUCUGACUGAUUAACAUAAAGACAAACAUGUUCUAUCUCUCGUCUAUGUGAUUAAGGGGUGGUGCCUUUUGAGCUCGUGCUUAGAAGAAAGGUGCAAAUGGAGAAAAUAUCACAGAGGAAAGCCACUUUAGGAGGUCAAGAGCAAACGAGACUCUCUUACACAGCUACUACUAAUUUAGGUUCCACAAGGAGGUACAUAGUUAGAUGUUUUAUUAUUUACCUGGUGUAUUCUUAAGCUACAGACGAAUGUGUAUAUGUGAUUUUGAUUCAAACUUUAAUGAAUCCUAUUGAGUUGUUGGGUCUUAACCCACUCUUUUGAUCC